CUCCAUACUGGAGUUAAUUUCAGGAUACCUGGUUCAGAUCAACUUCAAUUAGUUAAAGCAAGUCUUAUUUGUGGAACGUGUGAUGCUUUGGCCAGAUCAGACUUUUUAUGUCAUAGUAGAUUUAAUGGUAAUUACGGCUGUUCAAGAUGUCUCAGCAAAGGAUAUACCAUAAGAGAAGAUGGUGUAUUCGGAAACACCCAUAUAUAUCAUUUUGAAGGGAUAUUGAUUGCAAGAGAUAUUGCAAACUAUGACAAUUAUGUUUUGGCAGCUAAAAAAAGUAAAUCAGCAGUGUUUGGUGUCAAAUGUUCAUCAAUUCUUAAUAAAAUAAUGCCUGACAUGAUCCGUGGUACUUCGAUAGAUAUAAUGCAUUGUGUUUAUUUAGAUGUAACUAAACUUCUAGCAAAACUAUGGUUUGAUAGUAGUUAUCGUCAUAAACCGUGGCCGUUAUAUGCCCAUCGAGAUAUAAUUGAUGAACGACUCAAAAAAAUCAAGCCACCAAGUUUCGUGAAGAGAAUGCCGCGGGAUUUAACAACUCAUUCCAAUCACUGGAAGGCUAGUGAGUGGAAAAAUUUUUUAUUUUUCUAUUCACUUCCGUUGUUAGAGGACCUAAUGGGUAAAGAUUAUCUAAAACAUUAUGUCCAGUUAGUCUCAGGAAUUUACAUUUUAAACCAAAAAUCUAUAUCUCCAGAGAGUAUCAAUCUCAGUGAGGAGCUAUUGACAGCAUUCGUGGCUAAAUUUCAGUCUCUGUACGACGUACAGAUUACAACUUUUAAUUUACAAUUAAUUCUAAAAAUAAGUGCUCAGUAA